AAAGAACACAGUCGAUCUGCAGAAAUUAAUUUGUUUCCGAGGUUUUGUAGUCUUUCUGAGAGUGUUUGUGCGACACACGCAUCAUGGCCACUCUCGGUUUCUACUGUGUCGUAAUCUUCUCCUUGUUGUUUGUCAAGGGUGGCCAGGCUGACCUCUACGGAUCUACUCCGCCACCGCCGCCGGACUCGGUUUCUGGCAAGGACUUUCCUCAGUCGGUGCUCUGCAACGACCCGCAGAGUAAAUGCUUCGGGGCUCAGAUCUCCUGCCCCAGCCAGUGCCCCAGCUUCAAGCCAUCCAACUCCCAGGACAAAGCUUGCUUUGUGGACUGUAAUUCCAGGAACUGUGAAGCUCUAUGCAAGAGGCGAAGGCCGAACUGCAAUGGGAUCGGAGCAGCAUGCUAUGACCCCAGGUUCGUCGGGGGCGAUGGCGUCAUGUUCUACUUCCACGGCAAGACAAACGAGCAAUUCAGCUUGGUGUCCGACGUCGAUUUCCACAUAAAUGCCCGGUUCAUCGGCCGCCGACCCCAGGGGAGGACGCGCGACAACACAUGGAUCCAAGCCCUAGGCCUGAUGUUUGGUCCCCACACCCUCACGCUGGCCGCCAACAAGGUCGCCCGAUGGGACAACGAAGUGGACCAACUCGUCCUAACCUACGAUGGCAAGCCGCUGCUCCUCCCUCCGGGCCAGCUUUCCGCUUGGACCGCCCCGGACGGCAGGCUCUUUGUCGAAAGGACAGCGAAGUUCAACAGCGUCACGGUGCUGCUGCAUGGCUCCGUCGAGAUCUCAGUCAACGCUGUCCCUGUGACGAAGGAGGACGACCGCAUCCACAAGUACCAGAUACCGGACGACGAUUGCUUCGCCCACUUGGAAGCACAGUUCAAGUUCCUUCGCCUCUCUGACCAAGUGGAGGGUGUCUUGGGCCAGACGUACCGCCCAGGCUACCGGAGCCCCGUGAAGAGAGGUGUGUCGAUGCCGAUCAUGGGCGGAGAAGAUAAGUACAAGACAUCGUCGCUCAUCUCUGCAGAUUGCAAGUACUGCAUUUUCUCCAUGCCCGAUUCCCAGACCGCCACGAUCAAGUCGAUAGUGUUGGACCCUUCUAUGGCGAUGAUUGAUUGCACUAGCAAGAUCAGUCCAGGACAUGGACUUGUCUGUCGUCGCUAGAUAUGUUUUUUACACUAUAUUUGGUACGAUGGAAUGGAAUGAGUGUGAAAUAGAAUAAAGGAAGGAGAUAUUCUUGUGUUUGAUUGUUAUGAAUGGGGGGGAUAUAAAAGUAUUGGUGAUUCCCUUUUCUUGGAUUUGGAGGACUUUGGAAUGGAAAGGAAAGGAAUAGUCUUGGCUUGUGUCUAAAAUGUCCUCAAAAUAUAAAAUGUUUGAGGAAAAAUCAAAAGCUGCCUUGGAAAUAAUU